CCUCGUUUUGUCCCCAAAAUUUGGAAAACUUUGCGAACAAUAAAAUUGAAGACAUCAAGGUGAAAAAAAAGCGCAAAAACUAUCACCUUGGCAACAACUGACAAGUCUGCCAUUUUCCACCAAAACGAGUGAAAUUUCCGCAAGAUGAACAAAUCAAAAUUCGGUCGUAUUCUUAAAAUUUCGCGUGUCUGUCGAUGCGGCAUCAAGACACAACCUCAUCAAUUCCUUAUCCCGAAUCGGCGCGAGCACGUUUACAAAAAAGCGGUGCAAGAAUGCAUAAAAGCCGGCGAAAUUAUGAAAAAAGUCAAUCAAAUUACGUACUCGCAAUACCCGAAAGUUUCGAUAAAUCCGUAUUUUAACCGGUUUUUGAGUGAUGAAGGCGAUUUUUGUCGCAAUUAUGAUGAGAAUAACAGGAAUUUUUUGUACAAGACGGACUGUGGGGGCGAUUUUAGGAUUACGAAAGUGGUCGUGAGCGAUUUUUUGAGGGAAAGCAGGAGGGAAAAGUCCACGGAUCGGCCCUCGUUUGAUAAUCCUUGUGAUAAGUAUAAGAACAAAGAUAAGUGUGGGAAGAAAGAGGAUUCAUGUAAGAAGAAGGAGGAGGAUCCAUGUAAGAAGAAAAAAGAAGACCCUUGCAAGAAGAAAGAAGACCCUUGUAAGAAGAAAGAAGACCCAUGUAAGAAGAAAAAAGAAGACCCUUGUAAGAAGAAAGAAGACCCAUGUAAGAAGAAAAAGGAAGACCCUUGUAAGAAGAAAGAAGACCCAUGUAAGAAGAAGAAAGAAGAUCCAUGUAAGAAGAAGAAGGAAGAUCCAUGCAAGAAGAAAAAGGAAGACCCUUGUAAGAAGAAGGAUGACCCGUGUAAGAAGAAAAAAGAAGACCCAUGUAAGAAGAAAAAGGAAGACCCUUGCAAGAAGAAAGAAGACCCAUGUAAGAAGAAAAAGGAUGACCCAUGUAAGAAGGCGAAAGAGGAUCCUUGUAAGAAGAAAGAUGACCCAUGCAAGAAGGCGAAAGAAGAUCCUUGUAAGAAGAAAGAUGACCCUUGUAAGAAGCCUAAACUUUGUAGUGCCCAUGAAACAACUCCAAAAGAAUGCGAAUCAACAUCUGUAGAACCUUGUGAGAAGAAAAAGGAGUCAAAAUCAUAUCCUCUAAUUAAUGGGCCUUGUCCUGAGUCAAAUAAGGACUGCUGUGAAGCAAGUCAAGAAAAUCAAGAAUUACCGAACAUUUUGGACGAGAUUGACGUCCUAGACCCGACAAAACUCGCCAACGCUGAGGAAACAUUUGGCGAAGAUUACAAAAACAAAGAAUACCACUCUUACACAAACUUUGCGUUUUACGACAUGAACUCGUACCUCAGUUGCCAACGUAGCGAAAAACCGGGAGAAAAGGAAUCCGGAGAUAAGUGUGAUUAAAUAAUGAAAUUAUGAAAUGUAUUUAUUAAAAACAGUUUAAACAA